AUGCUCCGGACUGUGGCCCAACCGCCCCAUGUUACUGCCGCUUCGGCUCGGUCGGAUGGCACGUGGACUGAGGACUCCUCCCCAAGUGCUUUCGGAGCCGAACCCUCACGGCCGGAAAAGCGCCAUGGUAGCCCCCGCGAGAGAGCGAUGCCGUGGAACCCAGCCCUGCCUCAGGCUGCGUCCUCUGGUCGAGUACACGCGCGCCCUACUGGCGAGCUUGUGGACUUGGGCCAGUUUGAAACCUUGCCUCCUUUUGAGAUGAUGGAGGACCUUCACAAUGUGUACUUUGCAACCCAGCGAUAUUUUCUGCCCAUCAUUCACCCAGGGAAUUAUCUACGCUCGUUUCACUCGGCUCCGCACAUGCGUCCACCCAUGUGCCUCCAAUAUGCCAUCUGGACCGCGGCGUCAAACGGGCAUCCCAAAUACAAUUCCUAUCACGAUGCUCUGUACCGCCGCGCCCGGCAAUAUCUGGAAUCCGACGAGCUCAAGGGACAAGGCGAACAUUUCAUCACCGUUGGCCACGCACAGGCCUGGGUUCUCAUCGCAGGCGACGAGGCCCGCAGCUUAUUGUUCACCCGCGCCGGCAUGAGCUCGGCCCGGGCUAUCCGGCUGACCAACAUGAUGGGGCUUCACCGACUCGAUAACGAGGAGGAUGAGCUUCCUAUGGCCCCAAUGAUCACCCCUCCCAAGAACUGGGGGGAGCUCGAGGAGCGCCGCCGUCUGUUUUGGGGUGGGUAUUGCAUCGAUAGCUACGCCAGCAUCAGCGCUGGGUGGCCAACCAUGAUUGACAGGGAACAGAUCACUACUCACCUGCCUUCAAGCGAAGAAGCUUUUAUCAGUGGCCAGGUGGAACAGGGGUGCACGCUACAAGAGAGCUUCCGAGGGGCCAACUACUCCGUCUUCGCCGGAAACGUGAUUAUCUGCCACAUCUUCACCCGACUACUGAAGCACGCACACCGGCCCGUCCCGGAUGACCACCCCGAAGACGUCGAUUUUGGCCAAUUCUGGACCCGCCACCGCGACCUUGACAACAUGUUGUCCAGCGCCUUCAUGUUCCUCCCCCAACGCUAUCAGCUGCCCCAGGGCAUGGCAGACCCAGUGGCCGUGCAGUACAACUUGAAUCUACAUGCUGCUGUCAUCUGCCUACAGAACGCUUCCAAGGAGAAGGCUGAUAAGUAUAAACUGCCGGGGAUAAGACAGUCAGCCCGGGUUCGAUGCUUGACGGCCGCCCAGGAAAUUGUCGACAUUUUACGCGCGUCUUUUUUUACCAGGCCGCGGGAGGGGUUUAGGAACCCGCUCAUGGCCCUUUCUAUCUACUUUGCUGGAUCAGUGUAUAUUGACCAAGCCAAAGACGAUAUUGAAGGGUUCAACAAGGAGAACCUCGAGUUUCUCCUUGAGUGCAUGAUCAAUGCUGCGCACAACCAUGCCAUUACCAGGGCAUACCUUCAGCAGCUCUUAGCCGACAUCGAACGCAACGGCAUCUCUGUUUCGGCAACACAGCCGCCCACUUCUAACAGGGAUUUGGUUGAAAAUGCCUACCACAGUAUUCCGGUCAUCGCUCAGUCGCGUCACACCAAGCCGCAGACGCCACUCCCCGGCCGCUUGCCUCUCGGAGCCGCUCAAGGUCCGGUAUUCGAUGCCACCGCCAUGCCCUUCGAUUCGGACUUGCUGUGUCCCGGGUCGAUCGCUAGACUGGAUGGCGACCCCGAAGCUCGCGCCAGUAAGCGCAUGCGUACUGUGACUGGGAUGCCCAGGCAACCUCCACACUUGGGCGUGCUCCCCUCUUCUUGGUCGGAACUACCAGCCGAUACCGUCAUGGACCCGGCACCUGAUCUGUUCGAAUACACCGACGGCUGGUCAUACGCAACAAAAUACAUGAUCAACCCCGUCACUACUCUCCCCAACAUGAUGCCCAUCCCCCAAAACAAUCGGGCGGCUAUGCCACCAGCCCCAACCAACCCCACUCCGCACUUCAACUUCUCUAUGGCUGGCCCGCCAUCUGCUGCUGCUCCGUCUGACCUGUUCUCGGACCUUUCUCGACCAAUCAUACCGGCGUCCGUCGCAUCAGGCUUUGGACUGGACACCUCCGGCGGAACAACGGGCAUGUCCGUGGACAUGAACAUGAACCCAGAUAUCAACACUGCCAUGAACACGAUCAUCGACCAACGCCAAACACAGCCCAUGGAUACAGACACCAACAUGAACCCCACCGCUUCUGCCGCCGUCCCCGGCCCGGGAACCACCGCCCUUAGCCCCGACCUCGGUGACCUCGGCAUUUUUGAUCUCGAUCAACACUGGUCUGUCGCCGAAACCUUCUACGCCAUGUUGGACUUGACUGGAACUGAGCGUCUCAAUGCUGCAUCGCAACCGCAACAGGUACAGAGACAACAGGCCCAGGCACCUACCCAGGGACAAAUGCGGGCGCAGCAAAUGCAGAGCGGUGGGGAUCUGAGCGCUUGGGCGGCCCUAGGUAAUACCGGCGGCGGCGGCUCAGGUGCCAGUCAAGGGAAGAGAGACCGAGAAGGGGGGAUGUGA